CGUGUAUAGAAGAAUUUGACCAUUUUACGGCUACUAUCUAGACUAUGAAGCAUAGAGAAUGGCCUUUGUGCCUAGGCCAGCAAGUUAAGAGAAACUCAGUCCAUCAUUAUUUUGGGCACCUAUUAUAAAUAAUCCACUAGAUUAAUACUUCCUAAUUAUAUCAAUUAAAGUGCCAAUAAACACUGCAACUUCAUUAAUAAUGGCUUUUUCCCAUCCAAUUCAUGAAGCAAACAAAAACAGCCCUUACGGAGACCUCACAAGAGAAGAAUUCCACAAGAAGCAUCAAAUGCUUCACAAAGAGAGCUUCAUGUUCAACAACAAAAACAUGAAGAUUUUUACUCAGUCAUGGCAGCCUGCAGAUUAUUCGACUUCAAGACUGAAAGGGAUGGUGGCAAUGAUCCAUGGAUAUUGCUCAGAAAGCAGCUGGCUGUUUGAGCUAAACGCUGUGGCCAUAGCAAAAUCAGGCUACUUUGUUUGUGCUCUUGACCUUCAAGGCCAUGGUUACUCGGAAGGCUCACCCGGGAUCAUCCCGGAUUUCCUAUCAUUGGUCUCUGAUUCAAUCCAAUUCUUCGAUUCUGUUCGAAAAGAGCAUCCGAAACUGCCAGCUUUUCUUUAUGGUGAAUCAGUCGGAGGCGCGAUUUCUGUCUUCAUUAGCUUAAGGCAGAAAAAAGCAUGGAAUGGACUGAUUUUAAGCGGUCCAAUGUGCGGUGUUUCGAGAUAUAUGCUUCCAGUGUGGCCACUUGAGAAAUUUAUCUUACCUUUGGCUUCAAACAUCGCACCAUCAUUUAAGGUAAGCAGCACGAAACUUCUUGCAACAGGGUCGAUCAAAGAAGGAUGGAAGAAGAAGAUGGCCGGAAAAAGCCCUAAUCGUCCCUCGAAUGCAAUGAUUCCACUCCCAGCAAUUACUCUACGAGAGUUCAUGAAAGCAUGUAGUUUUAUUGAAAGAAGUUGCAAGGAAUUGGAGGUGCCAUUGCUGAUUUUGCAUGGAGAAGAGGAUAGAAUCUGUGAUCCUGAAGCUACUAAAUUUGUUUUCCGAUUAGCUUCCAGUAGGGAUAAAUCUAUGAAUAUUCUCCCCGGGAUGUGGCAUCAAUUAAUAGGGGAACCAAAUCAAAGUGUAGAACUUGCUUUUGAGAUUGUGAUUUCUUGGAUUGAGGUUAGAGCUAAACUGGUGAAAAUAAAUCAAAACAUUCACUCUUCCCUUUAGGGUACUGACAUGUACUAGCUCCGUCCUAAGAAAAUAAAAUAAAAAUUCACGUUAUAAAUUACUAAUUGUACCUUUUAUUUAGAACUUAAAUUUUACAUUAUAAGACUAUUUUUGUGUGGGAAAAGGAGUAUCAAUU